UGUUUUAUUGAGGGAAUGAAUAUUGGUGAAAUGCUUAAGAAGUUGGAGAAAUAUCUACCAAUGAAGAAAGUAGGUGGAGAAAAUUUGUCCAAGAGCAAAUCAUGGCAUGGGAGAAGCACAAGUACAAUAGCUCCAGAAGGGUGUUUUUGGGUUUAUGUUGGGCCAAAUAAAGAGAAGUUUGUUAUAAAAACAAAGUAUGCAAACCAUCCAUUAUUCAAGAAAUUGCUUGAAGAUGCUGAAAAAGAGUAUGGUUAUAGCUAUAGCCAAGGCCCAAUUUUGUUGCCUUGUGAUGUUGAUUACUUCUAUGUAGUGUUGGCUGAUAUGGUCAAUAAGAAAGAGAUUGAUGAUUCAAUAGGGUGUGGAUCAUGUAGUCCAUUAUUUAGUCCUAGUAGGCGUUUGGGUAAUAGCCAAAUGGCCAAGGGUUAUGGUUCUUAUAAGAGUCUCACUCCACCAAGAUCGUUCAAACGCCUCAACUCUUUCAAUUGUGCGUGA